ACAAACACAUUUAUACAGACGCAGAGCCACACAUAGUCGCACACGGCUUGCUGCCAACCAUGGCGAACCGAGCUCUGAUCACUCCGGUGCAGCUCAUCGCCUCGGCCCUUGUGGCGCUACUCGCCACAUGCCACGCCGGCGGCAUCGCGGUGUACUGGGGCCAGAACGACGGCGAGGCAUCGCUGGCCGAGACGUGCGCGUCGGGCAACUACGAGUUCGUCAUCAUCGCUUUCCUCCCCAAGUUCGGCAAGGGCCAGACGCCGCAGAUGGACCUCGCCAGCCACUGCGACCCCGCGUCGGGGGGCUGCACCAGCCAGAGCAAGGACAUCCGUGCGUGCCAGCGUCGAGGCGUCAAGGUCCUGCUCUCCAUCGGCGGAGGCGACGGCAGCUACGGCCUCUCGUCCCCCGGUGACGCCCGGCAGGUGGCCAUGUACCUCUGGAACAACUUCCUCGGCGGUUCCUCGUCGUCCCGGCCCCUCGGAGACGCCGUCCUCGACGGCAUCGACUUCGACAUCGAGCUCGGCGGCGCCAAGUUCUGGGACGACCUCGCCAGGGACCUGAAGAACCUGGGCAAGAGCGGGGGACGGAGCGUGCUGCUGAGCGCGGCGCCGCAGUGCCCGUUCCCGGACGAGUGGGACGGCGGCGCGAUCAGCACGGGGCUGUUCGACCUCGUGUGGGUGCAGUUCUACAACAACCCGGAGUGCCAGUUCAGCGCGGGGCGGGGCGCGUUCAUGGACGCGUGGAGGAAGUGGGAGUCGGUGCCGGCGGGGCGCCUCUUCCUGGGGCUCCCGGCCUCCAGGGACGCCGCCGGCACCGGGUUCGUGCCCGCCGGCGAGCUCAACUCCCGCGUGCUGCCGCUCAUCAGGGGCUCCCCCAAGUACGGCGGCGUCAUGCUGUGGUCCAAGUACUACGACGACCACACCGGCUACAGCUCUGCCAUCAAGAGCCACGUGUGAUCACCAUGCACGUGGUUUAUGUACUACGGAAUAUUAUUACACGAUGACCGAUGUACGCCGUAUCCUUGCAGUGCGUGCCACGUUUUCUGUUAUUCUGUAGCACUGUAGUCGUAGGAUGUGUAUUAUGUUGAUUGUUUUGCGGUUGCUCUUAGACGUUGAGACGGUAGCUUUGCCGUUGUUCCAGUUUCAUUCGUUCGCCACUGUUGUCCGUAUGAUGAAUAAAAAAAUGGUGACCAUUUGUGUUG